GCUGGGAGGUUUUACGGCGGGCUGAAGGGAGAAGCGGCAUGGCUGAUCCCGAGGAGGUUGAGGUUGGUAGGGGGCUCAAGACCCCUCGAAACAAGAAAACUAGGAAAGUAGAUGAAUCUGAACUUCUCACUGUUCCUGAUGGAUGGAAAGAGCCAGCCUUCACAAGAGAAGAUAACCCUAGAGGUCUUCUGGAAGAAAGCAGCUUUGCCACACUCUUCCCAAAAUACAGAGAAGCUUACUUGAAAGAAUGUUGGCCAUUGGUCCAGAAAGCAUUGAAUGAACAUCGUAUAAAUGCAGCUUUAGACUUAAUUGAAGGAAGCAUGACUGUCAGCACAACAAAGAAGACCUUUGACCCCUAUAUAAUCAUCAGAGCCAGAGACUUAAUAAAGCUUUUAGCAAGAAGUGUUCCAUUUGAGCAGGCUGUACGUGUUCUUGAGGAUGACACUGCAUGUGACAUAAUUAAAAUAGGGACCCUGGUGAGAAACAGAGAUAGAUUUAUAAAAAGAAGACAAAGGCUUAUUGGUCCCAAUGGUUCUACUCUCAAGGCUCUGGAACUCUUAACAGACUGUUACAUCAUGGUUCAAGGAAAUACUGUAUCAGCUCUUGGUCCUUAUAGUGGCUUAAAAGAGGUUAGGAAAGUUGUUCUCGAUACAAUGAAGAAUAUUCACCCUAUAUAUAAUAUCAAGACCCUGAUGAUUAAGAGGGAGUUGUUAAAAGAUCCAGAAUUAAGAAAACAGAACUGGGAGCGGUUUUUGCCUAAAUUCAAACACAAGAAUUUGAACAAACGGAAGGAACCAAAGAAGAAAACUGUCAAGAAGGAAUAUACUCCCUUCCCACCUCCACAACCAGAGAGUCAGAUUGAUAAAGAGCUGGCAAGUGGUGAAUAUUUCUUGAGAGAAAGUCAAAAGAAGCGUAAGAGAGUAGAGGAGAUAAAGGCAAAACAAGCAGAAGCAAUUAGUAGGAAACAAGAAGAAAGAAACAAAGCUUUUAUUCCACCUAAGGAGAAGCCAGUUGUAAAACCAAAGAAGGCUUCUGCUGAAACAAAAAUUGAUCUCGAGGCUAUUAAGGAGAAGGUGAAAAAGGCAAAGAAGAAGAAGUUGGGAGCACUUCCUGUUGAAGAAGUUAAAUUAAAAAUUGCAGUGGAUAAAAAGAAAAAGAAAAGAUUUUUAAAGAACUAGAGCUUUGCCUUUUCCACGAUGGGAAGAAUCCACAGUCCAGACUCAUGACUGUCCUUCCUUGCAUCAUCGUAUUGCCACUGAAACUAAACACUGAAAAACAUGAAUCUGUCACCUCAUACGGGGAAAAUCUGGCAAUUGAAGUACAGGAAAUGGCUGGUAAAAUCUUCUGUUGCAUACCGGAGAUCACGGGGAACAAAAGUUUGCAAAUUCUCAAUAUCCAUGAGAAUACUUUCAAGGCGUAAGCUUUGGGAUGAAGACUUCUGGUUACACGAUGCCGUCAAUGAAUAGGGUUCUGUUCAGUUUGUGAAUACUAUCUAAACAAACACAACAUCAUUUGUAUCAUUGUUUUGACUUUUCCAAAUGGAGUUUCUGUGAAACUGUAAGAAGAAAUAGUUUUCUAUAAAGAGAUGUUAAAUCUUUUUUUCCUCCCAUGUAUAAAAGUAAACUGGUAUGUGUAUGUGUUUUAGAAUGCUAACAUAAGUAACUUCUUCUAGCCUAGUAAAUUAUGUUGAUAUUUGUACCGAUCGUUCUGAUUUUUUUUGUAUCACUCUUGAUUAGGUCCCAAAAGCCCUUCUAAUGCUUUUUUGGCUGUUGAAUGCUAACCUAAAGAAGGAGGGCUUUAACUAUCAUAUCACCAGGCUCCUUGGAAAUGCUUACAAGUUGUUCUUUAAAUGUUAAUCAGUUAAAGCCAAAUCUCUUAGUUGAUUAUACCUACUCCUUUGCCUCUGUAUGAGACUUUUAUUCCAUACUGAAGCUGUUUAUUUUUCAUCAUUUGUGCCUAUUUGCUUAUGUAUAUUCAUUGUGGGGUAAUGCUUCUGAUUAAUGAAGAUUAUUCCCAAAGUCAGUACAACUGAACAUGGUCUCAGUACUAGAAUUGUGAUGCAGUAUUUGUCACAACCUGCCUCUUCCCCAAACUUAACAGUAGAUAAAACAAGCAUGAUG